CAGCAGGUGACAGUGUCUCGUUCAGUGGAUAGAUUCGUAAGGGGAGGUCCCGCGGGCAACAACAAUACCACUCUGGAUACCACGCUGCUCCUAUGUCCUCGCGGCGCCGUUGGCGGUUGCAACACCCCCGGCAGUAGAGUGGAUCCCUGGUGGAAUCCUGGUUCCCUCUUCCCAACUGUCUCGACGCCAGGACCACCUAAAAUCGACGAGGGACUUCCGGGAAUAAAUCAACAUCAGUAUUGUGGUCAGCAGCAACAACAAAAUAAUACUCGUAAUACAUCGAGUCCUAUUUUGACUUAUUCAUUUUUAUCAUCAUCUAUUCAACAACAGUCUUAUGACCACUUAAAUAAUAAUAACAAUAACAACAACAACAACAACAACAACAAUAACGAUAAUCAAGAAAUAAAUAAAAAUUUGUGUUCUUCGUUGGGUAUUGCCUUAGCGACAACGAGUCCACCGAUUUUAUCUUCAUCAUCAUCAUCAUCAUCGUCGUCAUCCUCAUCGUCGUCAUCUUCAUCAGCAGCAGCAGCAGUAGUAUCAUUAACGUCGAGCUUCUGCCAAAUAGACUCAUUGACUACUAACUCAAAUAGGUGUAGCUCAGAUGUUGUAAGAUUAUCAUCAACCACGAGUACCUGCAAUAAUUCAUACGGCACAAACGUUUCAACCUCUUCAAAACAAUCUGAUAACGUACUUUCCACACUGCUUGCCCCAAAAUCAUCAGAUUCCUCGCAUAUAACGCGAGGAAUCAAUCAUCAUCACAAUCAUAAUCAUAAUCAUAAUCACAAUCACAACCAUAAUCAUAAUCAUAAUCAGUCUGGCGGUGUUACUGCUGGUAGCAAUCGAACAGUAUUGUCGUCUUUAUUAACAGCAGCAGCAGCGGCCGCGGCAGCAGCAGCAGUAGCCACAACAACCACAACAACAACAACAGCAUCACCAACAACAACAAAUUUAGACUAUGCGAGUAAUUCAUCUGCUGCCUCAACAUCGAUAGCAAAUAUUAUAAGAAAUUCCAGUGCAAAUAAUAUUGAUACAACGACUGUGUCUUCUCCAACCUCAUCCUCUUCUUCAAGAGAUUCGAUAACGGGUAUCCUUUCAUCACUUAACGUCAGAAUUAAAUCAGAACAUAUACCGAAAGGAAAUAAUAAUAAUAAUAAUAAUAAUAAUAAUAAUAAUAAUAAUAAUAAUAAUAGUAAUAAUAAUAAUAGUAGUAGUAAUAAUCAAACGACGGAUGAUUCCACCGGUUCUGCACAAGGAUAUUGUGCAUCCCUUUUGAGUUCUCUAUUAUCAACGUCGAGAAUAUCAUCAGGUAACACAAAUUCUGAUAUAACGAACAAUCAAGAUCAUCAUAAUAUUAAAGUUGAAUAUUCAUUGAAUGUACCAUCACCCCAGGGAAACGUUUUACAAGUUACUGAAGAAAAUUUAACAGCAACAUCACCUUACGAUAUUAUUAGCACCAGUGGACAAUCAUCAUCACAACCACGGUGUUUUUCCUCAAAAGACAGUGAUAAACAACAUUCAACCUCGGAUAAUAUAGUUGUAUCAGCAGUAUCAGUAGCUGAAAUAGCAGCUCUCGAUAUGAAGUAUGAGACACAAACGGUACCGGGUUCAGGAGCACCCCAUUUAACAGGAUCAACCGGUGUUGAACCUCCUCACAGUAGCAGUCAAUCAAGUGGACUUGUUGUUGUGGGAGCAUCAUCAGCAGCAACAGAAGUCGGUGUUGAUAGCCUUCUAUUGCCAUGGGCCACUAGUGGUCCCGAUUUUCUCGAACCCUCUGAUGUUAAACAAACAACACCAGGUUCUAUUCAUGACGCUUGGGAUACUCUUUUAUUGGGUUCAUCAGUGGGUGUUGUUGCUUCCGCUCAUUCGUUGGCUGAAUUAAAACCAUUACCACCAUUUACUGGUUAUACUGGACAUUUAAGUAUAAAUGGUAUACCUGGACAUCAUUAUCAUACGAUAGCAUCAUCUGGUCAAAGACCUACAAUACAAUCUUCGUCUUCACCUACACCAUCUUCAAAUCAUGAGUACUAUGAAUCAUCAGUUGUAUCAUCGAGUACACCCUGUCCACAAUCGACACAAAAAUCAACUCAACAGCAUCAAUUACCCCAAUCAACAACACAGCAAGUUGAAUAUGAUAUUGAAGAUAUUGCUGAAAUAAUUGGUUCUGCUAUUGCGGAUACAACUGUUCCUGGUGGUGGAAAUGGUCCUGGCUCGGAAAAUGAUCCUGAUAAUUCAAAAGAUUGGAUUGACAUAGCGGAAUGGAUUGACACUGCGUGUUCACCUAAAACUCAUGAAACAUCAUCGCCAAAUCCAUACUCACAGAUAUAUGCCUCACAAACAAAUCAACCGAAUAAUCAUAAUCAUCAACAUGGAUCAACAUUACAAAAUUUAUUGACAACAACAAGUUAUGCACCAUUGCUACAAGCAAGACUUCAAGCUGGUAAUGCGGGUCUUCAAAAUCCAUCAUGUGGUGAGACACCAUCUUCAACGAGUCCUUAUCCACCAGUCAGUCCACCCGGUAGGGUAUCAACCUCCUGUAGUCCUGAUCAUUUACUUCACUCCUCAUUUGCUGCACCAUCUCACACGCGAAAAAGAUCACGACCAUCGCCAGCUGGCAAUCAAAAUCCUUCAAAAAAAAAUCCAGCUACUACAGCUUUACCAUACGGUACUGAGUCAAGUCUCAUAGGUGGUAAAGAAAAACCCGUUCACAGGUGUUCUAUUUGUAAUAGAGGAUUUCUAAAUAAAAGCAAUAUUAAAGUUCACUUGAGAACUCAUACGGGCGAAAAACCAUUCAGGUGUGAAGUUUGUGGUAAAGCUUUUCGACAAAAAGCCCAUCUAAUAAAGCAUCAACAGAUUCACAAAAGAAUUGGCAGGGAUUAAAUUAUUUUUUUUUUUUUAUUUUAUUUAUUUUUGAAAAUCUAAUUGAUCACAAAUACAACAAUAACGUCAGUGAUAUAUAUUUAUAUACGUUGUGUUGAGUAGCACGAUAAUAAUAGUAAUAAUAAUAAUAAUAAUAAUAAUAAUAACAAAAUCCUUUCUAUCAAAUACUUAUGGCAUUUGUCGCGUAAUUAAGUUACUGAUUUUGUUAUUAAAAAUAGUAAAUUUAAUAAUGACGAUGAUGAUGAUGAUGAUGAUGAUUAUGACACAGGAUUACUUGACAACAGCCAAAAUACUCAACAAGUAAAUCAUGUGAGUAUAUUCGACAACUAGUAUGUGUAAAAUAAAAUGAAUUAAGGUAUGAAACCUUGAUUAAUAAGGACUUUGAAUAUUAUUAUUAAUAUUAUUAUUUUGUCAAAAAAGUACCAGUGCAAAUAAUGCGCACGCGCGCGAUAUAGUAUACAUAUUAACACUGAUAAUAAAAAAAAAGAAAGAAAAUAAAAAAUAUCUAGAUAUAUAUGUGCGAGUGUCGUUUUUGGAAUAAAAUUCUCAAUGGUGCGAAUUGUGCGCCAUGUAUAUAUAAUAUGACACUUAUUUUUAUAUAUUAAUAAUUGAGUACUUAGUUUUUGACAUUGUAUGUAAUUUAAAAUAAUUAUUGCUCGGUAUAUCUUGCUAACGCGCAUGGUACUAUUUUAUUUAUAAUUACAUAUAUGUUUUAUGUAUAGACACUUGCGUGCGACUAAAUAAGAGACAUUAAACAAUGUAUAACGAGACAAUAAGCGCGACCUGUUGUGAUCGUGCUACAAUGUACCUAUAAAUAUAUAUAUAUUUAUAUUUAUAGUUAGAUAUAUAUAUAUUUAUAAAAAUAUGUUAUUAAGUCCUUCCGUCACGUGCUUUUAAUUUAAUUUAACUUACAUUUAAAUAAAUAUAUAUUUAUAUUGUUUUUGUUAUCAGUUAUCACCAGUUAUAAAACUUUUAUCAUCUUCACUCAUCCAUUUAUUUAUUAUGCUUCAUUUAUUAAUUUUUUUCUUCAUCAAUUUUCAUUUUUUCUCUUUACUCUUAUUUAAUAUUAUUCUCUUAUGCUUCUUUAUUAAUUACUUUUAUUUUUCUUUUGCGACAAUACAUCAACAAGUAAUUAUUUGAGAUUAUAAAAAAUUCAUAUAAUAUAAUGUCACUUUAUUAAUUAUUAUUUAAAUUAGUCUUAUAUAUAU